CAGCCCUGAUUUCAAGUUCGACACACACUUGCACUCCAGCAAUUCAAGUCUUCAGCAACUCAACUUCCAACAACUUCAACUCAAAAUGAAUUCUUUCAAAACUAUUGUUGCUUUGUGCGUUGUUAUGGCAGCCACUUGCUCGGGUGCAUACAGGACGCCAUCGUGGGCACCUCAGCCAGCAGCCAUCCCCGCUCCAGCACCUCAGACAGGAUAUGGUAACAAAGUGUGGGGUAACAGCAACGUCGUAGCUACUCCAGUGGCAACUCCGCAGACGUACAAUGCUCCUACACCAGUCCAGGAAGUUCCAGUUGCUCCCACACCGACCCAGCAUUCUUUCCCGACGACCACCCAACAGAUCUGCACUUGCGUUGCCGUUCCAGCUGCAUCCGCCGCUGCAUCAGCUCCAUCGGUCGCCACCACCGCUCCCCUCGAUAGGCCACAACAGGCUGCCCAACAGACUUAUUCUGCUCCCGCUGUUGCCCAGCAAACCGUCUUCCGCCCUGCUGCCCAACAUUCUGGUUAUUAAAAAAAAAAAGAAAUGAAUCUCAUCUUUCCAUCUCUUCGUGUUGUACCUUAUGGUAGACGUGAAAACGUGUCAUUCUAAACGUUGUCUGUGAGCUUGGUACCUUUCCUGAAAAUAAAAAAAAUAUUGCA